AUGUGUCCCUCUACAAAAUGGCUAGAAAUCACUUUUUGGGUGGAAUUUAUUGGAUUUUUCCUCUCUAUUUCGGCUCAUUUUAUUCUAAUAUUUUUGAUUUUGGAGAAGCCAAAGUCCACAUUUGGAAACUAUAAAUAUUUGAUGAUUUCGUUUUCGGCAACUGGAAUUUUUUAUUCGGGUUUGAAUUUUUGGUGUAAACCGAAUAUUCAUUUGUCUGAAACCAGUUUUGCCAUUUUUACAAUUUUGAAAGAUUCCGGGGUUUCGAAAGAAAUCGGAGUGAUUUUGAUCACUCUCUACUGUUCCUCCUACGCCCUUCUUUUAUCUCUACUAUCGCUUCAAUUUUUCUACCGCUACACAUCCGUCAUCUCUCCAUUAAACAGUACAAGAUUCUCUCGAAAAAAUGCUCCAUUUUUCAUUUUCUAUAGUUUCUCAUUUUUCACAAUUUGGGCACUCCUAACCUAUUUUAUCAAUGGACCAUCGGAUUUCAAAAACCUGGAAUUUAUUCCAACAUUUUUGGAGGAAUACUGUUUAGCUUCUGAUCAAUUCGGAUAUAUUGGCGCCAAAUAUUAUUAUUUUGAUUAUGGAAUUCGCAAACUUCACAUUCCCUCUUUCCUAUGUAUAUUUAUAAUGUCUUGUCUAAUGUGUUCCACAUUUUUUGGAAUGUCAUUUUUCGGAUUUCACACUUUUCGAACCCUUCAAAAAAUCGGGUUAACCAGUUUUGGGACCAAAGAACUGCAAAAACAACUUUUCAAAACUCUAAUUAUUCAAACAAUAAUUCCAUCGAUUUUCAUGUAUUUUCCAGUUUCAUGUAUGUUUCUAUUUCCAAUGAUUGGUCUGAAAAUAUCGGAAAUUUCAAUUUUUAUUCCGAUUACUGUAUCUAUAUAUCCUUGCCUAGAACCCCUAGUUGCCAUGUAUUGUAUCAAAGACUUUCGACAUCGGAUAAUUGAUUUCAUAACAUGCUCGAGAACUGCAAGGGUUCAAAUGUCGUCUACACAGAGGGAAUCAUUUUUUUGA